AUGGCAUGCGACAAGAAGUUAGUGGCGAAAAUUGUGGAUUCGAACAUUUUGACAUUUGUCGAAACGUUCAUGUUGAUCCUAUCGACUAUAUCAAUCCCAGUGCUGUUUCACAUGUUUCAACGAUGCAAAAAUUCUAAAUUGUUUCAUUUUAAUAUCCGAUUAAUCUCUGCGUUUCACUGUCUUUGUUUGAUUAUUCACUGUGUGGCGAGAGUCUUCCAACAUGGUUCUGACCUAUUUCUCUACUUUUCGCAUAUUCCAAUUUGUGAAAAAGUUCCCAGUAUCCAGAGAUGUCUCUCCACGCGAAUCCCCUACAUUUUCGGAUUAUUCUGCGCCAGCUACUCGACGGUUUUCAUGGUUAUCGAGCGAACGAUAGCAACAAAAAGCUACAAAAAAUACGAAAAUCGUCACAAAACGUUGGGUUGCAUGCUUAUCCUGGGACAAAUCUUCAUGGGCGGCGCGACCACUUUUGCGAUUUUUUACAAAUUCGAUUUUCAAAACGCGCAAGAGUUUUGCACGGGAAGCCAAUCUUCGGAUCCCUAUUUUCUGAUCAUACCGGAGGCAGUUGCAAUUUUGUCAAAUGUUCUUGCAUUUUUCCAAUUUGGCAGACUUAUGAGUAUCAAUCGGAAAAUCCGAGUUGGAAGUAGCUCAAACAACUUGAGCCAGAAGUAUCAAAUCGAGGAAAAUUUGAAUGUUGUGAAUAUUUUAAGAGCGUUUACGAAGUGUGAUUUUAUAUUUAUUUUGAUUUAUUUCACAAUGGGAAUUCCGUUUCAUUUGAUUGGAAAGCAUAUGGAUUCGGCAGAGUAUUAUGCUCUUUUUGAAGUCAUCUACUUUGUUCCAUUAUACUCUCUCAUAAUGCCUGCUUACAUAUACCGGUUCUCAAGAAAACAACGCGAUGAACGAAUGACUCGAAUGGAGCGAAAGAUACAAGUGUCAGAGGACGCAUACUUUCAAUUCAUUCAUAAUCAGUGGACCUAA